AUGGAACUGACAGUGAAACAUAAAGAAGAAUUAGAGAGAAAAGAAGCGGAUUUUAAGAAACAGAUUGAACGUCUGGAAUAUCAAUUGAAACAGGAAGAAGAAUUAGAGAUAAAAGCAGCGGACUUCAAGAAACAAAUCGAAAGUCUGGAAUAUCAAUUGAAGCAUAAAGAAGAAUUAGAGAGAAAAGAAGUGGACUUAAAGAAACAAAUUGAAAGUCUGGAACGUCAAUUGGUAGAUGCAAAUUUGAGGCACAAUGGUAAACGGUCAGCGCACAAAGCCAAUGGAAAUAGAAAAUCAUCCGUGUGCGUAGGAAAUAGACACUGUUUAAAGAUAAUAUUGAAAACAAAUUGGACAAAUUCGAUGUUGACGGUGAUGCGACUUUUAGAGUUAAUAUUUUGAUGGAAUGUUUGAAACCUUCAGAAAGAAAUAGUUUGAGCAGAGCAUUAACGAAGCAAAAACAUGAAAAUGAUCCCCAAAUAGAGGUACUUUCUAAAGAACGACAUAAACUGUGCUUAGGGCCUACAGCUUCGCGAAAGUAACAAACCAAACAAAGCAAGAAUUUGGUUAAAAAGAGAUUAAAAUACAUCGAAAAAGUUAGAGCAAAUCAACGAGUUCAACACAUCAAAAGCGCAAAUGACAGUCGCAAAAUGUUUGAAGCAGUACGACAGUUUUAUGUGGCAAAUUCAAAUGGAAUCCUUGUUUUUUUUAGAUGAACGUGAAGUUAACUGUGUGAGACUGGUUUGAAAAACAACUCGCAUAUGAAAAUGUUGCGGAAUACAACCUAUUAUCUAUUAUAGGGCGACCGUUACAAGAUGCAAUAAUACCGAACAUAUCCGAAAAGCUUCAUCUUUGACAAAUGGACGUGCUUGCUCUACUGGUGGCUGUAGUUUACGGUUCCUGCCUAACAACUCGACCAUUUGACUGGCCUAAGGAGUACUGUACUGAAGAUUAUUAUGAUGGAAUAUAGGCCUAGAUCUCACGUCCGUGGGGAGACUCCUUGUUUUACACGCGAGGAACACCCUUAUACAGUUCUAUGAGAAUUUCCAUCCUUUAUUGAAUAUAAUUUCAGGAUUAAUGCACCUUUUAAAUUUAUUGUCAUUUGUUACAAGACAAAUCCAAUGAGGAAAGGGCACUGUAUUGGCACUGUCAUUGUGGAGUGGGGGAGGUAGGGCUGCCCACCACACCCCUUUUGGAGAGAAUACAAAUUUAUAUUUUACUUUUUACAUUAGUAGACUCUUAAAUCAAAUAAAUAAGCCUUCCUUUACUUUAAAAUUGCUUUAAGAUCAGAUUUCAAAUAAAUAAAUUGCUCAUAUGACAGUCAAAGACUAGUAUUAUCUGCCCAAUCAUGCCAAAUGUGCACAUACAUUGGCGCAGUUUAAGACCCUUAAAGUCUGUUAUUGUAACUUAAUGUGUGUGUUCAGUGUGUACAUGUAAUAGUUCAACAUUAUUCAAAUGUUCAUAUUAUUGUGUUAUGUAAAGGUGGUUCAACUUCUUACAGGCUAUUUGCUUUUCGUUUUAUAUCCUCCACCCGUAUCUCAAUUAUUUUGUAUUUAUCAUGAUGUGUUUUUAUUGUAUUUUAUUGAUUUUGAUGGAAGUAAAUAAAAUAAAUAAAUCGUAUCGUAUAGUAUCUUCAAAUACAUUAGUAUCUUUAAUGUGCAAAUGAAAAAAAAACAAAACUAAAUCGCCUCCCUAUACAUACAAGGUCAUAUUUUCUUUUCAAAAUUCAACAUAUACACACAAAAUCUUAAUAUAGUCAUAUUGACAUAUUCAAUUGCCAGGGCAUAUUCUAUAAUUUACAACAGAGAGAGGGCGACAAAUAUUUCUAGAUUGUAAAACUAAUAUUAACAGACAUAAGAUAUUUGUUUGGUAAAAAACAAAUUAUUUUUAAGUAUUAUAUUUAUUUUUAAAGUAUUAUAUCUAUAUUACUGACUUCAGGUGUUUAUAUAGUGUAGUAUGAGGAUUGAAAAGUAAAUUCUUGCAUAAUACUAUAUUAACUAAAAAGUAAUUGAUAGUACAUUUGUUUUUGACGAGGUAUAAACCUACCAAAAUCAACAACUGAAGGAAUAAAACCAUAAAUAAGGACCUGGAAUAUGUAUACUAAUUAAAUUAAGUUAAAUCUUGGUAUUCUGCACUGUUGAUAAGAAUAUUUCAAAUACCAUCACAUCAAAAUAAUUAUAUAUUCAUUCACUCAGUUACCUGUAAUUCUUUGCUGUUUAGAAACUCAGCAAGGUUAAAGGUAAAGUCAAAACCUGAGCUUAGGGGUUAAAUGCCAGAAUGCCCAUCCCCUUUUCCUUAGCAUCUGGCUAGAUUGCACUGCUGAUGCGAGUUUCUCACUCCUCCCGCACAAGUCUGUUUAACUUUCCAGAAUACUGGUACCCAUGUAUUAUACUCCUGGCUAAAGAGAGACAAAGUUUGUUGCCCAAAGACACAAGUGACCUGCACAGCGAGGGCUUCCAACACGCAAUUUUGAAGUUGAGUCCGAAGCCACAACUUUAGUGUCAAUCCCUUCCACGUAAACUCAGAAAGGAAGCCAUACACGGCCUGGGCCAGACUAGAAUUAUAAAUACUCACAUGAAAAUCAGUUGCAUACAUUCUUAAUAAGAACUAUAAUCUAUAAAUGACAUCAAAUAUAUUGUUAUAUAUAUAUACCAUACACCUAAAUAUUAUAAGUAUUUCAUUUUUAUACAAUGCAAAAAUAUAAAAAUUAGAUCUCACAUUUUUUUUCUCAAUAUUUUCUCAUAUAUCCACACACUCAUAAGAAUUAUUAUCCCAGUUCAUACAUGUUACACUAAACUACAUAUUGUUAGGUAAACCAAAUUAAAAAAUAAUGCACAAAUAAGGAACGGUAAACACAAUUAAUACAAACAGGUAUCUCAUAGAAUUGAAAACAAAAUGUUGAAAGAAGUAGGGACACAAUUAAAAAAAUAUUUGUUUUUAAAAACUUACUUUUGUAACAGAGGGUCUAACUACAUUACUGCUCUCUUAUAAAGAGCUUCCUUUAUUUAUUAAUUCAUAUAAUAUAAUUAUUUAGAACAAAAUGCUCUUGGACAACUAACGCAGGACAUCUUCUGGGCCAUUCCAUGAUUUUGACCUUUAACCUUUUUGUUCAACCUACCAUCUUUUUAACUAUUCAAGCUGUAUUCAUUUUUGUAUACAUUAUUAUGUACAAAAUGAAAACGAAUGGCAGUAAAACGAAAAUUCAAACACACUUGUUAUGAAUAUUAAACUCACUAUUAAUAAUAUGAGCUGACCUCAAUCGAAAUACUAUUUCCAAGAAUUGACAAAUCUCAACCUGAUAUUUUGAUAUUAACUUAAAAUAUAAAUUUGUUGUGACUGAAUGCAAAAGAAAACUUAAAUCGAAAAAAAAAAAUAUAAAGGUGAGGACUAAUGAUUUCAAAAUUGGGCAGAUGGAGAGGGACAGGUAAAAGGCCACAGUUUUUACAUCUAUUCUAAUUUGGAACUAGCAGCUGUCUGGCAAUACAUUCCCAAGAAUCUCACUUUGUUCACAAGCUGUUAUCCUCAAACCUCCUCCCCAAUUUUACCAACCCAAACCCAAACUGUCUCCCAAAAAAAA